AUGGCGACCGACAACAGAAUCAAGGUUAAGAACCCAGUCGUUGAACUGGACGGUGAUGAGAUGACCCGUAUCAUCUGGCAGGAAAUCAGAGAAAAAGUAAAUUACAGUUACCUCGAUGUUGACCUCAAGUACUACGACUUGGGUCUUGAAUACCGUGACGAGACCAACGACCAGGUCACCGUUGACGCCGCUGAGGCCAUCAAGAAGUAUGGUGUCGGUGUCAAGUGUGCCACCAUCACUCCCGAUGAGGCCCGUGUUGAGGAGUUCAAGCUGAAGAAGAUGUGGCUCUCUCCCAACGGAACUAUCAGAAACAUCCUGGGUGGAACCGUUUUCCGUGAACCCAUCAUCAUCCCCCGUGUUCCCCGUCUCGUCCCCGGAUGGACCAAGCCCAUCAUCAUUGGCCGUCACGCCUUCGGAGACCAGUACCGUGCUACCGACCGUGUCAUCCCCGGUCCCGGUAAGCUCGAGCUGACCUACACUCCCGUCGGCGGUGAACCCGAGACCAUCAAGGUCUACGACUUCCAGGGUGGUGGUGUUGCCCAGACCCAGUACAACACCGACGACUCCAUCCGUGGAUUCGCCCACGCUAGCUUCCAGAUGGCCCUCCUGAAGGGUCUGCCUCUGUACAUGAGCACCAAGAACACCAUCCUGAAGAAGUACGAUGGUCGAUUCAAGGACCUCUUCCAGGAGGUCUACGAGAAGGACUACGUCAAGGAGUUUGAGGCCAAGAACAUCUGGUACGAGCACCGUCUGAUCGACGACAUGGUUGCCCAGAUGAUCAAGAGCGAGGGUGGCUUCGUCAUGGCCCUCAAGAACUACGACGGUGAUGUCCAGUCCGACAUUGUUGCCCAGGGCUUCGGCUCUCUCGGUCUGAUGACCUCUACCCUUGCUACCCCCACUGGUGAGGCUUUCGAGUCCGAGGCUGCCCACGGUACUGUCACUCGUCACUACCGUGAGCACCAGAAGGGCCGCGAGACCUCCACCAACCCCAUUGCCUCCAUCUUCGCCUGGACCCGUGGUCUCGUCCAGCGUGGCCAGCUCGACGGUACUCCCGACGUUGUUGAGUUUGCCGAGCAGCUCGAGCGCGCCUGUGUUGACGUUGUCAACGAGGAGGGCAUCAUGACCAAGGACUUGGCUCUGGCUUGCGGCCGCAAGGACCGUGAGGCCUGGGUUACUACCAAGGAAUACAUGCUCGCCGUUGAGAACAGACUCAAGGCCAGCCUCAAGCCCCGACUUUAA